AUGAAGAGUUUAAGGUUUCUUUUGUGCGUAGUCUUGCUUCCCUGCGUGGUUAAAGCACAAAAUAAAAAGUUCGCUUGCAGCUAUGAUUAUCCAGGAGCACCGGAAGCAGGUUACCCUCCAGACUAUAUCCCGCUCGAAGUGUGCACCCAUGUGAUCUUCAAAGGCUUCAAGUUUCCCAAGAUCAUCGGACGGCAAAUGGUGUUUCACGAUGAUGACAAGCUAAUGUUCAGCUCGCUCGUAUCCAGCAUUCGGAAGCGUUCCAGCACGGUGGUAAUAGUGGCUUCAAUUCGCGGAACGCAGAACGACUAUUCCGCUAUGGCUGCCAUCGGUCAGCGAAGGAAAGCGUUCGUGCAGCUGAUCGGUACGUUGCUGCUGCAGUUUGAUGCCGAUUCGGUGGAGAUCAAUUGGAAUACGCCGGGAGGAACGACGGAGUUUGGUGGAUCGGACUUUGAUCGCAUCUCGAUGGUGAACCUGCUGCAGGAUCUUCGUCAGCUCGUUACAUCCAUAAAGCGUCAAAGUGCGAUCCGGGAACGAGAGAUCUGGUUUCGCGUUUCGAUCCAUCCGAAUGCGAUCACCAGCUCAUACAAUGUACCUGAAGUUUGUGAGCUAGCUGACUACGUUACGCUCGAUGCCAAGGACGUGCCGUUAGGGGACUCUCAUGCUCCCCUACAUACCAAGCCGAUCGCUCUACCAUUUGGCUUCAGGAUACCAGGGAACGCACAGUUCGUGUACGAUUUGACCGAUUCUACUCAGCGCUGGAUAACUUCGGGAUGUCCGCCAAAGAAAAUGCUUCUCGCGAUCGCACUCUACGGCAUCCGGAAGGAGUAUCAAAGCGAUGGGAAUGGUUUUUUCGGGAACCAUUUCAUGGGUUGGAACGAAGAUGCUCAAAAUCGAUUACCAUAUCGUGAGCUAUGCCAAUCGUUCCGGCAGUACCGAUGGACGUUCGGAUGGGAUCCGUAUGGGUUGAUGCCGUAUGCAAUUCGAAGGCUCGGUAAUGGACAAGACCAGCGAGUCAGCUAUGAUGACACCACUUCCCUCAGCUAUAAAAUGAAUCUGGUUGAGGAGCAGCGUUUAGGUGGAAUAUACCUGGACUAUAUUCAUAACGAUGACAUCUAUGGUCGUUGUGGCCAGGCGUAUCCUCUGACAUCGUACCUCUCGAGCCGUUUGCGUACCAUCCCGUCCGAUAUUGGAUUUGCCAUCGAGUGGAGCUAGCUACUACAUACUUCUGCACAGCAACUAUCGAAACAAUACACAAAUCGAUAAGGCGCAAAAGAAAAUAACGUUUUGUA